GGUGAUGCUAUCAAAGUUUAUGUGAGGGUGCGUCCUCCACCAGAAGGAACUGUACUUGCUGAUGGGGAUCAUGGCUUGUGUUUAUCUGUUCUUUCAUCGAGCACUAUCCGUCUGCAUUCAAAGCCUGAACCUAAGAUCUUCACCUUUGAUCACGUGGCAGAUGUGGACACAACUCAGGAAUCGGUUUUCUCAAGUGUGGCCAGAAAUAUAGUAGAAUCAUGCAUGAAUGGCUAUAAUGGAACUAUUUUUGCAUAUGGCCAGACUGGUUCGGGGAAAACAUUUACUAUGAUGGGACCACCUGACUCUGAUAACUUCACUCAUAAUCUGAGAGGAGUAAUUCCCCGGAGCUUUGAAUAUCUGUUUUUUCUCAUUGACAGAGAGAAAGAAAAGGCUGGUACUGGAAAGAGUUUUCUCUGCAAGUGUUCAUUUAUUGAAAUCUACAAUGAGCAGAUAUAUGACUUGCUGGAGUCUGCUUCAGCUGGAUUAUUACUCAGAGAACACAUCACGAAAGGAGUAUUUGUUGACGGUGCAGUGGAACAAGUGUUGACUUCGGCUGCUGAAGCAUAUCAAGUGUUAACCAUGGGCUGGCGAAAUCGUCGUGUAGCAUCGACGUCAAUGAACAGGGAGUCCUCAAGGUCACAUGCUGUUUUUACUAUCACAGUAGAGUCUGUGGAGAAGAGCAAUGAAGUCGUGAACAUCCGAUCCUCUCAGCUCAAUUUGGUAGAUCUGGCUGGGUCUGAGAGACAAAAAGACACUCACACUGAAGGAGUUCGGUUAAAGGAGGCAGGUAAUAUAAACCGGUCAUUAAGUUGCUUGGGCAAAGUGAUCACUGCCCUUGUUGAUGUAGGCAAUGGGAAACAGAGGCACAUCUGCUACAGGGACUCCAAGCUCACUUUUCUGCUGCGGGAUUCUCUUGGAGGUAAUGCGAAAACUUGCAUCAUAGCAAAUAUUCAUCCAGGAUCCAGAUGUUUUGGUGAAACCUUGUCCACUCUUAAUUUUGCUCAGAGAGCAAAACUAAUUAAAAACAAGGCUGUGGUAAAUGAAGACACCCAAGGGAACGUGAAACAGCUCCAGUCUGAACUGAAGAAACUGAAAGAGCAGCUUGCUCUGCUAACUUCAGGGAGAUCUUUGCAUGAUGUUUCCCUUUCCAUAGCGACCAUCACAAAUGAUGUGGGAAAAACGGAUUAUGUGAAUAGUUUCCUUGAAGCGAUGCUGUUCUUGGAAAAAUCUGAAAGUGAAAGAAAGGUACUGUUAGACAAAGUUGCCCAGCUAGAAGAUCUGUGUGUCAAAAAGGAGAAGUUCAUUCAGUCCAACAAAAUGAUCAUUAAAUUUAGAGAAGAUCACAUAACUCGCCUGGAAAAACUACACAAAGAAGCUCAUGGUAGCUUUCUGCCCAAGGAGCAAGAAGUGAUCUUCAGGGAACUGAAGGAGGAACUCAAAACUCUCAGAGAACAGGUGGAGCAUCAUCCACGAGUUGCAAAAUAUGCCAUGGAGAAUCACAGCCUCCGAGAAGAGAACAAACAACUUCGUUCCUUACAGUCGGUAAAAAGAGUCCAAGAAAUGGAUGCUCACGCUAUGGCAGAAUUGGAGAAAGCUUUCUUAGAAGCUUCAAGAAAAGAGUGUCAGAAUGGAGGCCAGCAGUUGUGUCCUACCACCACGGCAACAGAUAAUUCUACAGCAUCCGUUGAAAAGCUAAAGGAGCGUCUGCUGCACACGCAGAGUGAAUUGGCAAGUUCCCAACAAGGAUAUGAAGAAUUUAAAGCUCUUACAAAGAAAAGGGUUAGGGAACUGGAGUUGGAAGUUCAGUCUCUACAGAUGGCAAACCAGCAUCUUGAGAGAAUUUUGGAAGCAACCAAGGCUUGCAAACGCCAGGAAGUUUCUCAUCUUAACAAAAGGCACAGAGAAACUUUAAAGAAUAUAAGUACUCCAACUAAAGUUUAUCAACUAAGAUCCCGGUUGGUGACAAUGCUUACCCCUGAAAUGUUGAGCCAUGAGUCUAUUGAUAAUCAGAGCUCAGGAGAGAUGGAUGAUAUUUUAAAUGAACCCAUGCCUGCUGAGAUGAACGAACAGGCAUACGAGGCUGUUGCAGAAGAGCUGAGAUUGGCGCAGGAACAGUUAAGCACUUGUCAGAUCAAGUUAGAUGAGGAAGAAAGUAAACAUAUAAAACUUCAGCAGCUUGUUUAUAAGUUGGAGAGCCGUUGUACACAGAUGCAAGAGCUUUUCUCAUCUGAAAGAAAUGAAUGGCAAACUGAAAAGCAAGGGCUUCUUGAAAAGAUAGACACUCUUGAAAAGCAGUACCAGGACACCCAAAGCAAGGAUGACAUAUUGAAGAGUGAAGUCCACGACUUGCGGAUUGUUCUGCAGUCUGCGGAUAAGGAGCUGUCUUCUAUGAAAGCGGAGUAUGAGGCCUUCAGGCGAAAGCAAGAGAAAGAACUUAAUGAACUUUCUAUGCACCACAUGAAUGUCCAACUUCAGCUUGAUAGCGUCAGGCUCGAAUAUGAAAAGGUACUUGAAGCAAAAACAAGCCUGCAAGAUGACUAUGACAAUCUCCAAGAAAUACUGAAGUUUGAGACGGACCAGUUGACGCAACAGCUCAUUGAAAGCAAGCAGGAAAGCGAAGUGCAGAAAAGCGCGUUUCAGAAUCUCUUAGUCCUGUUGGAAAGUGAAAAGGAACAUAAUCAGAAAUUGACAAUGCAGUUACAGGAAGAUAAAGGACACGGUUCCAAGGAGUUGCUGAAAGCUCCUGAAACUAUACAUCUAGAGAAACCAUCAUGUGAAAUGAUGCCAAGAUGGGAGCAACAGGAAGUAAAGCUGCAGAAACAAGAGCAAGACUUGACUGCUGCUGAAGAACUUAUUGCUUCCCUACGUAAGACAAAUGCUGCUGAUAAGGAAGUUGUUGCAGACCUGAUGAGCCAGAUCCAAAAGAUGAGGACAUCUAUCAGUCAGAAGAUGGAAUGCAUAGAAGGGUUGACGAGAGAACUGGAGGAUCUAAAUAAUAAGUACAAUUCUGCUUUAGCUAUGAAAGAAGAAAGCAAAGAAAUUAUAGAGAAACAGGAAAGGCAGAUUGAAGAGUUGAAAGAGGCCACAGAGAGAGUGCAGAUUGCUGACAAGAUUGAGAGAGAGCUUCUUUGCGAAGACUUGAACCACACUUCUGAGCAGCUAAGCAAAUUAACAGAAGCUUCCAAAACACACGCAGCGCUUCUUCAGUGUGCCCAAGAAGAUCUAAUUAAAAAAGAAGCAAUAAUCCAAGAACUUAAGGAACAGCUAUUUAAAAAGUCGGAAGAGCUAGCAAGCUCGAAGAGUGAAUAUGAAUUUAAAAUACACCAAACAGAAUGUUUCAUGGACUCUGUUGUAGCGAUGUCACAGAGCCCCAAAACUCCACCAAAAUUUGAUGCAGAUCUGGCAAAACACUUAGAGACCCAAGAGCAGGAGAUAGCGGACCGAAGAGCCUCUGCAGUUAUCCUGGAACACCUGGUAUCUGAAUUAAAUGAAGAAAGAGAUGCGAAGAACUGUGAAAUCUUAAGGCUGAAGACUCAGUUAUGUGAACUGGAAAACACCCGUCUGGAAAUGCAGGUAUUAAUGGAAAAUAACAGAAAUCUACAGAGUCAGCUUGAAGAAGCAAGACGAAGAAAGAGGAAUGGUAGUCCCAGCUAUCUAGGUGUUCAAAACCUACAGGAAAAAGAGAAGGAAAUUAACAGAGAGAGAAUAGCAAAGACUAAAGCUAUGGAAGAAAUGCUGGCAGUCAGAUCGGAGUUGGAAAAAGCCAGGUGUGAACUUACAAGCAAGGACACCGCCUUCCAGGAAAUGACUUUGGAGGUGGAACGGACAAGAGCUUUGGAGCUGAAAGCUUUCCAGGAGAAAGAAGAAAUGAGAUCAAAACUGGAAGAAAUGUAUGAAGAGAGAGUAAAAAUGGAAAAGGAGAUGUCUUUGCUGAAGAAACAGGUUGAGUUUCUUGCUGAGGAGAAUGGGAAGCUGGUGGGUCACCAAAACUUAAAUCAGAAGAUACAAUAUCUCGUCAAGCUAAAGAAAGAUCAUGCUAGAUUGAUGGAGGAAGCUGAUGCACUUCGUGCUGAAAAUACUUUUCUGAAAGAAAAAGGUGACUGUUGCAAGAAUCAUCCUGACUAACUGUGUUAAGAAGUGAAAGCACUUACCACUG